CACAAGCCCGCAAUGGAACACAGAGUGACCUGUUGCUUGGAGAAGCGCUCCCGGGUGGAAUGUCUCUCUGCUUUCUGGUAAGCUUGCUCUGGUGUCACGACAUUCUAGCAGUAACAAUGGACGAAGGCAGGGUAUUUUCCAGAAAUGACACCUAUGUCUGGAAUGACAGUACAGAGGUGGACCUGUCGAACGGAAAGGAAGGGGGUCCGGAGGUGAUCAUUGUACCUGUGAUUUUUGGAUUCAUAUUUCUGCUGGGCAUCAUUGGGAACACUUUGGUCAUGAUAGUCAUUGGAAGAAUCAAGUCCAGGAGGUCGAGGAGCAUAACUAACAUUUUUAUCGUCAAUUUGAGCAUAGCGGACUUGUCCUUUCUGCUCGUCUGCGUCCCCUUCCAAGCCACGAUAUAUUCCUUGCCGGAGUGGGUAUUCGGGGCUUUCUUGUGCAAGUUCGUGCAUUACUUUGUGAUGGUGAGCAUGAUGGUGAGCAUCUUCACCCUGGUCGCUAUGUCCAUUGACAGGUAUAUCGCGGUGGUGCGUUCCAAGAGGUCCCCCUGCAUCCGCAACAAGAACAACGCCUUUAUCGGGGUCGGCACGAUCUGGGUGCUGUCGUUUGUAUUCGCCAUCCCAGUCGCCCAACACCAGACCCUCACUAGCCACCGGGAAGCCCCCAACAGCUCGUUCUGUUGGGAGGAAUGGGCUGACAGGACAACCAAACAAACCUACAAAGUGACCAUCUUGAUAAUUGGAUACCUGCUGCCCUUGGUUUUAAUAACGUGGUGCUAUGCCAAGGUUUUGUAUCACCUUCAUAAAAAAGUGAAAAACAUGUCCAGGAAAUCAAAAAGAUCUAAGAAAAAGACCGCACAGACAGUGCUGCUGGUGGUGGCCGUGUUCCUGAUCUGCUGGAUGCCACACCACAUCAUCGCCAUGUGGGCCGAGUUCGGGGCGUUCCCCCUCAACGAUGCCUCCUUCGCUUUCCGCAUCAUCGCCCACUGCCUGGCCUACGGCAACUCCUGCAUCAACCCUAUCCUGUACGCCUUCCUCUCGGAGAACUUCCGCAAGGCCUGUCAGCAGGUCUUCACCUGCAAGUUCCUCUUUGCCCCGCUGCCCGAGGAGAAAGUGGUGAGGAUCCGAAUGGAGAACUUCUCCACCACGCGCUCCACAACCAACGUUUAAACCAAAAUACAAAACAAAACCAGCAAACUCUGUAAAUAGACUCAACGAAAGUCCUUGAAAGUGAACUUUUCUUACCAAUGUAUUUAUUAAGGAGAGCAAGGAUAAUACUACUUUGUUUUACGCUUUGAGGGCCUGCGUGCGAGCACGUUGGACGAUACUGCAGACAGGCAACAUGACUGUGUCAGCUCCCAGCGUUCAGACAGAGGAUGUAGUGGAACAAGACGCCUUGCCUUCUAGUUUAGAUUUUUAAACUCAGCCCGCUAGAUUGUAUUCCUUUCUGAAUGCUCAUCUUCAGCAGCUGUUCUUAUCUGUGCCAAAGAGGCAACGGAAAACACAAAGAAUGGUUCAGUGCUCCCCCUGUUGUCAGGUGCUGUAGUUGCAUGACCUUACUAUUUGGAAGUUGGAAGAAUGGAAGUUACUAGUGGAAUGACAUUAUGGGGCAAAUGGCCACAGCCAUGGCCAAGCCACUUUAAAACUGGUUUUGAGGUAUAAAGGACCUCCUUAUAAAGGAGGAGCACUGUAUAACUUUGAUUAACAUCAUCAGAGUUUGACACACCCCUGCUAUUGUAGGGGUACAAACGACCGGCAUGCACUGGUAGUCUAUUGCAGGACCACAGCUAUGUGCUACAGUAUCAGGACCACUGUGCAAUAUAUGUUCCAAAUCCAUUCUGUUCUGUAGCUUUUCUAUAUGUCCCUUUUUGUUGCUCAUGUUUAUUUUCAAUCUGCUAGGCACAUCACAGUAAACUUUGUAAGAGAAUCAGUUUGGUAAUUGGUACUGAUUCUAGGCAUAGUGAACAAGUUUGAGUGUACGUGGAGAACAUUCAUUUCAACAGUAAUUUAUUCAUCAUAACGUGCGCCAGGUCUUUUUCAAUUAUACCUAUUAUUUUUGGAGAUGCGCUGUCAACAGUUUUGACACACUGGUGGUAAAAUCUGAAAAAAUAUAAAUAACAGUCCACAGAGGAAAAACAAAACCUGCAGCACUCAUCCAAUUUGGUUUUUGAUGCAUUUCCAGAACAGUGAAGAUCGAAUUACUGUGUUCAGUGACACACAUCCCUCAGAACAGAUCUGAAAUACUGAGAGAAAAACCAGGCUGCUGUCCUUGGAGGCUGGCUAUGUGAAAGGCUCAAGGCAGAUUGUGUUUAUGUAACAAACACAACGAAGAUUUGUGAAUUUCUAGUGUGUAGUGCCAUUGAAAUGCAACUUUAUAAUUACGAUGUUCAGAACCCUUUGUUGGCUUUAUAUUGUAGUCCAUUAGUCCUCAGAGCUGCACAGCAAUGUUUUAGUGCCAUACGUCUUGUUUACCGUGCCAUUAAAAUGCACACCUACUUUAUUACCACAGGUGCGUUAUGCUUUGUUUUUCCUAUUCAACUGUAUUGCUCAGUCUGUAACUUGAAGUGUAAAUGUUUGUAUCGCAGUAUUUGAAGUGGUUCUGUAAAUAAGAAUGAAACAAUAAAAAUAGUAACUUGGGGUUGUACUGAACUAUUAUUCCUUUCCAAAACACUAACAGCGUGUACAUAGAACACAACGUCUCACUUCCAUGGAUUCACUGGGUGGGGGUCCUCGGCCAGGAUACCUUCAUAAUGUUACGUGGGGGCAGCUUGAGCCAAGAGCGUUUGGGAAGAGUGAAGCGUUAGACAACAGGUAGCUAAUCGGGCUCUAUGAAAACCAGCCAAAACACAAUUGUGGAUUAGUCCUUCUUACACUGGCCUGCUGCAAAGACACUGUGAAUGCUCUCUACUCAGCUGAGGUUAGGAGUAACGGCAAAAGCUAUGAUGGUCUGUAGUAAAUAAUGAGGUUAUCCACCUCCUCCAGAACAGCAAAAUAACUCACAUUUCCUUUAAAUCACCUCAUGACUACAGGUUAAUUAAAUUGUAAGAGUGUAAUGGGACAAUUACUUUACUGGGACAGUACUAUCAGUCAGUCGUUGUUUGCUGUAACCAUGCAAUAAAAAACAGUGUAGGUCGCCAUUUCCUAGGUCUGCGGUUACUUAGUUGUUUUUAAUGUCUGUUUUGUGGUUGAAGUUUAUUCUAGUUUUUCAAAUCAACAUUAGAGAGUUUAAAAAGCAUUUUUUAAAUAAGGUGCGAGUGAGUUUAACAAACAUG